AUGUUAAAACUCUAUCCUCUAAUUUGGUUAUGUAUUUUUUUUAAAUGUCCUAUAUCAAUUUUAAUAGAAAAUAUUUUGGGGAAUAAUGAAAAACUAAUAGAAUUAGAUCUGCACAACCACAAACGGUACAAUCGUUUAUUGAUAGAAGAUAAUAAUCAGGUGUUUGAUAUAGAACACCUUAAAAAAUUGCUGUAUUUUCAAUCUAAAUUAGAUAAACAAAUAAGGAAAAAACAAAAUGAAGAAGAAAAUUCAGCAAAUUUAGAUAAAUCAGAAAAUAUUUUUAAAUUUUUUAAUAAUGAAAGGAAUGGCGCAUCUACUUAUGAAACCGCUAAGACAUCAUUUAACGAUACUACAAAAAAAGGUGACGAAAAAGUAAGUGCUAAUAAUCAAUUGGAUGACCAUAAUGGUGAUCAAAUUUUCAAAAUAAAUGAUGAAAGCUUGACAGAAAAAAACAAGAAUGUUUCAGGAAAUGAAAAAGCAGAUAAACCGGAAUCUGACCAAUCAUUGAGUAAUAAAAAAUCAGAUAAGAUAAUAACCCCCCAUGAUUUUUCGAAUAAUUCAUCAGAUUCAGCACUUAAUGGACAAGAAAAUAAUUCAAAUGAAAAUUAUACAUUAACGGAAAAUAAUAAUAAUAAACUAAAUAAUAAUGAGAUAUACCAAAAAUUUGAACUGCUAACAAAUCAUUUCCAGUCUAAUGAUAAUAAGACAAUAACCACAAACAAUGAGGAAGAAGGUAAAAAUAUGAUUAGUGGCUCAAUGGAUAAUAGUAAUUAUAGUUUAAGGAAAAGUGAUAUAAAAGAAUUAAUUGGUAUUAAUGAUAUAGUAAAAUAUAUAAAAAAUUUAUUGGGUAUAAAAUCUAAUAUACAUGAAAAAUUUGAACAUGAGAAUUUAAUAAUAAGGGAUUGUAAUUAUGACUCAUUUGGGCCAGAAUUUUGUAGUGCUAAUGAAGAAGCAAAGCAAAAAUUAUGGAAAUAUGAAAAUAAAAAAAGUUUUGCAUUCUUAUUUAUCAUAUUAUUUACUUUAUUUUUUGGACUAUUAAUACAAAAUAUUGUUUAUUAUAUUGAAAAAAAAGUAAGAAAUUCAAAAGACAAAUUUAGAAAAGAUUUAUUAAAUACAGCAUUUAGACAAAUCUCUUUAAUUACAAUUAUUAAUUUAACUAUAUGGGGAAUAUUGCAAUCAAAAGCUGCUGAAGCAUUGGAUGACAUUAUUUUUAAUGAUAUAUUGCCUAAACAAAGAAAUGUUGAUGAAGUUCUUCAUAAUGUGGAACCCCUUUUAGAGAUAAUAUUCGAAAAGAUACUUUUUAUUUCCAUGAAUUUCUUAAUAUGCUAUUCGUUAUUUAUAAUAAAUGUCCACUUUAUAACACGGGGCAUAUUAAAAUGGUUUUCUGAGGCUGAUAAUUGUGACAUUAAAAAUAUAAUCAAAAAUAUGAAAGAACGCAGAAAAGGAUGUUUCAGAAAUAUUUUUUCUUUUAUUAGAUAUUCCAGAAAUUCUAAAUAUUUAGCCCACAGAUAUGAUUUUUCUGAAAAUGUCGAUGCCAUAAGUAUUCCUGGUUUAGAUCCAAAUGGAUAUUACUAUUAUGAAUACAUGCGGGCUUGUUUGUUAAAAUAUAAUGUCAAAUUAAUAAAAAUUCCAAACACAGUUAUAUUAUUUUUAGUGUUUGCAUGUGUUUCUUUGAGGCCAUUCUUUAGCAUUCGUUUGAAGGAGGAAGUCAUAUUAUUAAAUUUAUUGUCCCUCUUUUGCAUUUUGGGAUUCGUUUUAUUAUUUAUUUACCUAUACAAAAUAGACAGAAAAUUGUUACCGGGAAACAUAUCAAAAUAUUUACUAAAUAAAUACCAUAUUGAUAUUAGUGACCAAAGCACAAAGGAAAUUAUUCCUUAUUAUAAAUUAUUAAAACAACAGUCAUUGCAUCCCUCAUCAAUCAAUUAUUUUAUUUACAAAACAACGUUUCCCAAUAAACAUGAGCAAUUAUUUUUUUUUUGGGGUAAUGGGCCUUCAAUAAUUAAUUUCAUUUUUCAAGCAUUAUGUUUUUGUUUUUUAGUAAUAUUAUCAUGUUGGAUAUUUUUAUUAAAAGUAGACCAUAUAACAUGGUUUCAAUUAUACGCGCAUGGAAGCGUGUCUAUUUGUAUGUGUAUAUUAAUAUUUGUUUUUAUAUUAAAAUAUAUAAUUUAUUACUAUAUAAUGAUUAGUAAAACUGGUUACCUAAUUGACACUAAGUUGCUGGAAAGGGUUUGGGAAUUUGAAAGAUCAGAUAAUAUAAAAAGAAUAUCCGAGUUGAUUGAUGCCAUCAAAAUAAAGUCCACUUUACACGCCGUGAAAGAAGGAGGUGAUUUGUUUUGGAAACAAUUGCUUAUAAAAUCGAGCACAGUGCCAUCAAAUAUACAAGAAAAAAUGUUUAGUAUAUGGGUGGGAUUAGAUGAAGAAAAUAGAGGCGUUAUAAAUUCUGAUAAAAUUUUGAAAUUUUUAAAAUCACAGGGAAUUAAUUUAACCUCAGAAAAUGAUAUUAAGGAAUUCUUGGAAGUUUUUGAUAGAAAUAAUAAAAAUGGAUUAAAUCAGGAGGAAUUUUUUGUUCUCAUAAUCAUAGUCAAGCAAAUUUUAGUUGAGCUUUUGGACAUUAACGCUGUUCAGUCAUUAUUCGAAGAGGUGUACGGAAUUCCUUGGAAUUCUUUGUCAUCAAUUGACGUUAAUAGUUUAAAAAGAAUACUAUCGGAGCUAAAUUUACAUUGGCCACACGGGAAAAUAAAAAAUUUAAUAGAUUUUGUGUGUGAAAGUAAAAAGAAAACAUAUGUCAGUGCUGAAUAUUUUAUUAAGCAGUUAAUAAAUAUUGAAGAAGUCACGUUGCAGCCUUUUCAUAAUAUGUCAGAUACAAAAUAA